AGUUUGAGUCAUCAGUCAGACAGACAGAUAUGGUCUCUCUGCCACACAAAGGUAAGGACAAAAAGAUCAUGGCAAAAACAGAGUUCAGAGCUGGAGAUUGUGUCUCUCUAUCAUGUGAUGGGGCUCCGAGAGACUGUUCCAGUAUUACCUGGCUGUUCAGUUACAAGAAUGGUACGACUGAUACAUUGUUUGAAGGAGGGAAGUUUAAGUCUGAAGGCAAGAAAGGAAGACUACAUGUUACAAAGGAGUGUUCUCUGGAGGUAAAGCUUCUCAGAAAGAGAGAAGAUGUAGGUCUUUACAUCUGCAGAUCCUUUCCAUCAGCAGAUGUACAGCAUGAUCAUGCAACGCAUCAACUAGAGCUAAUGACAAGCACAAACAGAUCAACCACAACCACAGUGAAAGUAGCAAACACAACUUGCACAAGCACAUCCAAACCAACAACUCCAGCAGUGAAAGGAGCAGCCAGCAGCAGCCCAGCAGCAAGGCCCUCAACAUCAACACCAACCACACACACACUGAACGCUCCUACAGCGGGGGUCCUGCUGCGGGUCCUGGUGCUGCUGGGCUUCUCCGUCCUGACCCUGGUGGUUCUGCUCCGCCUCAUUGGCUGGUGGAGAACCAGAGAUGUGGCAACCCGUCUUGGUAACAGGGCGGCAACUGACGAGUGCAUUGGUCUGAACUCUGCCAGCGACGCCCCGCCAGCCAGAGAACGCCUCGGCCCAGGGGCCAGUGACCAGCAGCAGCACACUGUGGAGAUGGACCUGGACUGGGCUCCCAGGGGCCCCUCUGUGGUCCAGCGUGGUGGGCAGAGGGCCGUAGGCUCAGCACAGGACCAAGAGGAUCCUGGUGAACUUAGCGAUGCGGCUACCUAUGAAAACCUGAGGGCCCCUCCCAGAUGUGCUGGGGACACUGCGGACACGGGCGUCCAUUUUGUCACCGUCCACCAACCGUCAAAAUGAUAAACGACUGGACAACACGUGAUGAAGCAGGGGGAAUAGGGUCGGAGCUAUAGCUUAUUGUUGUUGUAUUCAGAUGCAUUAUAACCGACUGAACAAACUUUGUUUCCCUUGGUCCUUAAACAAGCAUUUAGGCCUAAAUAACAAGCAGUAGGUCUACACUCGGUAGUCCUUAACACCGGUUGGGCUGUACAUACAUGACAUGACAUUUAUACUCAACGAAAAGAAUGAAAUUAAUACAAAAUCCAUGAAGCAAUAAUUGCUGAAUGCGUCUUCUCAUAAAUGUAAAUGAUGGGAACAUGUUUUUCAAAUGAGUUGAUAGGUUGUCCUAGACAGGACGCCAGAGAACAAACAGAAUCUAUGAAAAAUAAUCAACGGACCAAUGAACACAAAAGUUUGUAGCCAACCUUAUUGGUCAGGUUAAUUAUAUAAUAAUACGACUAUUUUAAAGCUCUUGCAUUUAUUUUUUUUCUUGUUCUACCAAACACCAAAUUCUGUCAUGCUUUUGAUAUAUAGGCUACAAAUGUAACUGAGAUGUACUUUCAACUGUGCAAUAAAAAUAUUCUGAUUUCUCCA